GAAGCAAACCCUAGUUUUGGAGCAUCUUUCUUUCUUUUUUUUCCGUCGCUUUUAAAGCAUCUUUCUUUUCCAUCGCAGUUCAUCUUCCUGACUCCGUUUCUUAUUAAAAAAAACCCAGCAACAAUGUCCAAAAGAUCUAAGGGUAAGAAAAAUAGGAAAAAAAAGCCGAAAAUUCCCCAGAGAGUUGAAGUUUAUGGUGUGAACGAUCCAGUAACCAGAACUGGUUGGACUAUCUUGGCUUUUCUCUGCGUUUUUGGAGCUGUGAGUGCUGUGAAUGCCUUGAAGAUCGAGAUGUAUGUCGGUUACAAGUAUCUGGGAAUGGUUGUUGUAUCUCUCUAUGUGAUUCACGUCUUGACUUCCAUGUUCUCUGAAGCUCCAUUUCCGGUUUACAGAGCACAUCGAUGGGUGAGAAUGGUUGUCCCUCUGAUACUGUUUAGCAUAAUCUACUUUACCGUCUUCAAUUUCCCAACCUUUGCCGUAUCAGUUUUGAUCCUAUCAAUUGUUUUUGGAAUUUUUGUGUUGGUUCAGUUGGUUUUCCCAGUCGACGGAUUUCACUUCUUUUAUGUAGUGGUUAUUUUGGUAUUUGGAGGUUUCUCUGCUCUCUAUGCAUGCUAUUAUGAUCCAAAAAUCCAGCCAUUUUGGUUCUGCUUUUUUACUCUUUAUGUUUUUGAAUUGUUUAUCUACUAUUUCAACUAUCCUGGACCAACUCAUAGGGCAUUCAGUUUCUAUUGAAUCACUUUUCUCUCAAAAUGAUUGUCAGAUCUAGUUCGUAAGAGGCUUUAUUUUCUUUGUUUGAUAUUUGUCAUAUCAAUGUGUUUGUCCUUUUUUCUUCUAAUGUUAUCAACAUUGUAAUCCAUUUACAUAUGGAAUUUGAUCAGACUCUGUAAUGUUUUUUAGUUAAUCUAUGUUUAAUGAAUAUUUUGGGUUUUUUUU